UGAACAGCAGCGCAGCGCUCUGACAGCACUGCCUUCAAAACACGAGCAGCACAGCGAAUUUAAGAAAACACAGUCCCGGACUCUUCUUCAUGUAGUCUCCACCUUCAUUACCAACGAGAAAGUGGACAGUUUGAUUCCAAAGACGAAGAUUAUGGACGAACAUCAAGCUGUGUUUUCGGAUCAAGGAAAGUAAAACACACCGAGAGAAGGUGCCCUCUCUUUGCUCUGAGUCUUGAUUAUCGGUCUGUCUGGUCCACAGCUCUUCUGUGUCUGGUUGUUUGGUUCAGGCGGGCAGUGAUCUUCCACCGCAGACAUCUCUUGGGACUGCAGCUCGUGGUCUGAGGAGGAGUCAUGGGGCCGGUACGGGCCUACCCAUUAGCCCUGCCUGUGCUGGCUGUUCUGGGCCUCAUUAUCAGCGCAUGGAGCCUCAACCCUGAUGACCCCAAUGUCUGCAGUCACUGGGAGAGCUAUGCAGUGACUGUUCAGGAGUCUUACGCUCAUCCUUUUGACCAGAUCUACUACACCAGGUGCACCGACAUCCUCAACUGGUUCAAAUGCACCAGACACAGGACCAGCUACAAGACCGCAUAUCGGCGCGGGGUGAGGACAAUGUACCGUCGACGUUCACAGUGCUGUCCUGGCUACUUCGAGAGCGGGGACUUAUGCGUCCCUCGAUGUAGCGAGGAGUGUGCCCAUGGUCGUUGUGUGUCUCCUGAUACGUGUCAGUGUGAGCCAGGCUGGGGAGGACUGGACUGCUCUAGUGGUUGUGAAAGUGGCUACUGGGGGCCCCAUUGCAGCAACCGCUGUCAGUGCAAGAAUGGGGCCCUGUGUAACCCCAUCACAGGGGCCUGUGUCUGCACAGACGGCUACCAAGGCUGGCGCUGUGAGGAUCUGUGUGAGCCUGGCUACUAUGGCAAGGGCUGCCAGCUGCAGUGUCAAUGCCUCAACGGUGCCACCUGCCACCACGAGACGGGGGAAUGCAUAUGCGCACCAGGCUACAUGGGCCCCAUCUGUGGAGAGCGCUGUCCCUCUGGAAGUCACGGGCCACAGUGUGAGCAGCGAUGCCCCUGUCAGAACGGAGGAACCUGCCAUCACAUCACUGGGGAGUGUUCCUGCCCUGCUGGAUGGACGGGUUCUGUGUGUGCCCAGCCAUGUCCGUUCGGAAAAUAUGGGAUCAACUGCAGCAAGGAAUGCUCAUGCCGCAAUGGAGGACUCUGUGACCACAUCACAGGACAGUGUCAGUGCAUGGCGGGAUACAGCGGCCACAGGUGCCAGGAAGAGUGUCCGGUUGGCACCUAUGGACCCCAGUGCACUCUCCAUUGUGACUGUCAGAAUGGGGCAAAGUGUUACCACAUCAACGGAGCAUGUUUGUGUGAUACAGGAUUCAAAGGGCAUCACUGCCAGGAUAGAUUCUGUCCACCGGGCCUUUACGGUCUCAUCUGUGACAAAUACUGCCCCUGUAAUUCCACCAAUACAAUCAGCUGCCACCCUUUGACUGGUGAAUGCUCAUGUACAGCGGGAUGGACGGGCCUAUAUUGUAACGAGACCUGUCCCCCGGGCUACUAUGGAGAAGGAUGUGGAGUGCCGUGCCAGUGUGCUAAUGGAGCCGACUGCCACAGUCUCACCGGGGCCUGUAUCUGUGCCCCGGGCUACACAGGAGAUGACUGUUCCCAAACCUGCCCAUCUGGACUAUUUGGGACUAACUGCACUUCCACCUGCCACUGCCACAACCAGGCGUCCUGCUCACCAAUCGAUGGCUCCUGCAUCUGUAAAGAAGGUUGGCAGGGUGUGGAUUGUUCAAUCCUGUGCUCCAGCGGGACCUGGGGUUUGGGCUGUAACCAGACUUGUCUGUGUGCCAAUGGUGCGGCUUGUGACCCAAUCGAUGGCUCUUGUACCUGUUCCUCAGGAUGGAGAGGGGAGCGCUGCCAGCAGUCGUGCCCCGAUGGCACAUAUGGGUUGGAGUGUCGCGAGCGUUGUGACUGUAACCACGCUGAUGGAUGCGACCCUGUGAGUGGAUUCUGUCGCUGUCUGCCAGGAUGGACAGGCAUCCACUGUGACAGCAUCUGCCCGCAAGGCUUCUGGGGGUCCAACUGCUCCAUGACCUGCUCAUGCCAGAACGGAGGCUCCUGCUCUCCUGAAGACGGGACCUGUGUUUGUGCUCCUGGCUACCGAGGGACGUCCUGCAAGAGAAUUUGUCCUCCAGGUUUCUACGGGCACCGCUGCAGUCAGUUAUGCCCACAGUGUGUGCACAGCACUGGGCCUUGUCACCACGUCACGGGUCACUGUGAGUGCCUGGCCGGCUUCUUUGGCUCGCUCUGCAACCAAGUGUGUCCCAGUGGAAAAUUCGGGAAAGCCUGUGCUGAGAUCUGUCUGUGCACUAACAAUGGAACCUGCAAUCCUAUUGAUGGCUCUUGCCAAUGUUUCCCAGGCUGGACCGGAGACGACUGCUCACAAAUUUGUCCCAUAGGCCAGUGGGGCCCCGACUGCUUGAACUCAUGUAACUGUCACAACGGAGCCCAAUGUAGUGCCUACGACGGAGAGUGCAGGUGCAGCCUGGGCUGGACUGGCCUCUACUGCACACAGCGCUGUCCCUCAGGGUUUUAUGGGCGAGACUGUGCAGAGGUGUGCCGCUGUCAAAAUGGAGCUGACUGUGAUCAUAUCACUGGCCAGUGUGCCUGUCGGACUGGCUUUAUUGGGACCAACUGUGAACAGAAGUGUCCUCCCGGGACAUUUGGCUAUGGCUGUCAGCAGCUGUGUGAAUGUAUGAACAACGCCACCUGCGACUAUGUGACUGGAACCUGCUACUGCAGCCCGGGAUACAAAGGCAUCCGCUGUGACCAGGCGGCUCUAGUGAUGGAGGAGCUCAACCCGUACACUAAGAUCAGCCCUGCUCUGGGUUCAGAGCGCCAGUCCGCAGGCGCCGUCAUGGGCAUCAUCUUCCUGCUCCUGAUCAUCAUGGCCAUGCUCAGCUUGUUUGUUUGGUUCAGGCAGAGACAGAGAGAAAAAGGACAGGAAAUGCCCAGUGUUUCGUACACCCCAGCUCUGCGUGUCACCAACACUGACUACUCUCUUUCUGAAACGUCUCAGAGCAGCAGCAGUGGCCAGUGCUUCUCCAAUCCCAGCUACCACACUGUGGCACAGUGCAACAUCUCAUCCUCCAUAACUAACAACCUGGACGGCACCCUCACUCUGAAGAAAGGCGACAGGAACAGCUCAGAAUGGAGAGCGUACUGCAAUCUCAAUGACCUGGGAGUAUCAAGAGGAGACACGCUUACACUGAGGGACAACAAAACCACUCGAAUGGCCAAAGAUUACAUAAAGGCCUCAAUGUGUAGCUCCAGCUCAUGCUCCCUCAAUAGUGAGAACCCGUACGCCACCAUCCGAGAUCCUCCCAGCCUGGCCUGCAAGCACACAGAGAGCAGUUAUGUGGAGAUGAAGUCUCCCGCUCACAGAGACCUGACCUUCUGCUCCAGCACCAGCACAACCCUCACCACUGCCAGCAGGAACGUCUAUGAUGUCGAGCCGACAGUGAGUGUUCUCCAGGGGCCCAACGGUCUGGCCACCGGCUUCUCUCAGAGUCCCUACGACCUCCCACGGAACAGCCACAUCCCGAGCCACUACGACAUCCUGCCCAUGCGCCACAGUCCCACACACAGCCCACCGCCUCCAGAGAGCCCGCCCAGCUCCCUGCUGUAGACCCCCUGUCCUGACCCUCUGAAUUUUUUGGUACACUCUCUCUCGACCUCAGCUCUCCGUCUUCAUCGUCUCUCCAACAUUCAUCCAAUACAGAUGCAUGAGUAGAUUAUACCGGAAAAGACUAUUUUUCCGAUUGUGGGACUGGCUGAUUUGGACACCAGCGAUAAUUCGUCUUUCUCAGAGAUGUUUUAUACCAUAUAACAUCAGGAAAUACAGGUGUGCAAAUGCUUUUUUGGGUUAUUUUGUUUAUAACAGAGCAUAUGAGACGUUUCAAUGGCGAUUCUCAAAGACUAGAGCUCUGCAUAUUGGAACAGAUAAUAAAUGGGAAUCAGUGAUCCAGAACAGAAAGACAGAGGUGGCCAUUUUCUUUUGUUUUUCACCUCGUAGUCUGGACCUCAAGCGACGAAGCAUGGUUUAAAAUAAGACGUUCUUAUUGUGUAUAAAAGAUGGUUGCCAGAUGUUAGUACGAUACGAAGGAAAACCGUUCAGGACUUUUCUCAUAAUGUACAUUCAUCUACCUACUCAGAAAUAUUUAUAAAAGUUUAUGAGAAGAGCCUGGGGCCAACAUGAGCUUGUACAACACGGCUCAUUUGUGUAAUAACCUGGUGCUUUCUACUGUACAUAGGAAUUUAUGACUGUUGCUAUCUAUGGGUUCUUUGAGCGUGUAUUACGUUUGUGUAACACUUUUCGAAGCUAUCACGUUUAGUUUGUUCUUCUGUGUACGUUUACAUUUUUAAAAACCUCUGUUGUAUUUAUGAUGUUUAUUUAUACCUUGUUUGUGGCGAAGUGAUGGUUUUUCUUUCUAGUGUAAAAGUUAAACAUAUUUAAAAAGUAGCAUGAUGAUUACUCAUAGUGACCAGUUCUUUUCAUGUGCACAGUAUUAAUAUAUAAAGUCGACAUUAUAUGUUAGCUCUUAUGUCAACAGAGACGUCAUGACCUCAUAUGCGUCCUAAAAAAAAAAAAGAAAAGUAUAGUACAAAUAGAUUUGGAGACGUGUCCCGUUCAUUCCUUGUGUUUCCGUUUGUCUGAUGAGUCCAACUCUUGAGUUUUGUUCUGGUGACUGCAUUCCAUCAAAUUAGCAAUAGCAUAGUGACAAUCAUUCAUGAAUAAAAGAAGAAAAACAAACAUUUUAGCAGCUCUACAGCUCAGUAGUGGUUCCU